CUUGCGGAGGCAGAGGAUGAACAAGUGAAAGAAAGAGCUCAAAAGUAUGCACCGUGAGAAGAUGAAAAUAGCCAAAAGGAAAAUUUGAGUCUACUUUGGUUUGCCAGGAUCAUUUUUUUGAGCUCAGAUGCAAAGCUCCUGAGUUUGGGCUCUUGGGUGACGAACAGGAUGCCAAGUUAUCAACCUUGGUACCAUGGCAAUAUAACUCGAUCCAAGGCUGAGGAUCUACUUUCUAAAGCAGCAAGAGAUGGAAGCUUCCUCAUCCGGGACAGUGAGUCCAUACAGGGAGCGUAUGCCCUCUGCGUUUUAUACCAGAACUGUGUGUACACAUACAGAAUCCUGCCAAAUGAAGACAAGAAACUCUCUGUCCAGGCAUCUGAAGGAGUGCCUAUUAGGUUCUUCGCUAUGCUACCUGAGCUGGUGGAGGCAUAUUACAGCCCCAACAUGGGUCUGGUGACACAUCUGCAGUACUCUGUGCAGAGGGAGGAGGAGGUCGACGAGGAACCAGAACCAAACAGUCUUCCCCCGCAGCUCCCACCCAGAAACAUCCCACUCGAUGUGAAGGACGGCGAUACCAAGACUUCUGAGCAAGCCUCCAAAUCCAUAACAGACACAUACCUGGCGAGACUGCAGCACAUGGACUUAUCCGUCUUACCGGAAGAGCAUCAAAUAGCCAUCCAAGAAUACUUCAGGACUUCAAUCUGCUUGGAUGCUGAACAAGCACAAAACGGUAACCCUAACCUGCCGGGCCUCAAGAAGCUUAUCAUGGCAGUGUGCAAGAACCUGAACAGUGAAAUUUCCCGCAUCGUACCAACUCUGGAGGUCUUUCACAAAACGCUGGACCAACAGCUCUCUCCGGGGAUUGGACCCAAACAAAGUUCUUCUGAAUCAGGUCAAGCUGUGUCCCAUAGGCUUGAGCAACUAACAAAACUGCUCUAUUCAAUAGAAGAUAAGGUUAAAGGUUCUGUGUUUGAGUCCGUUGGAUAUGAUGGAGCUCCAAGGAACUCUCUCAUACCAAUCGUCAUGUUUGAGGUCAAGCAAGAAUCUCUCGGUAUUUCCACAAAGAUGUUCCUGAAAGUGGAUAUUGAAAGUGGGAAGCUGUACUUUAAGAAGUCAAAAGAUGGACCUGAAGACAAAUACUUUGUGCACAAUAAGAUCCUGCAGUUGGUGAAAUCCCAGAAAAUGCACGCCAAGCUUGUCAUCGUGGUGGAGACGGAGAAAGAGAAGAUUUUGCGUAAGGAGUUUGUGUUUGAUGACACAAAGAAAAGAGAAGGUUUCUGUCAGCUGCUCCAACAAAUGAAGAACAAACACUCAGAAAAGCCUGAACCAGACAUGAUCACGGUGUUUGUCGGCACCUGGAACAUGGGAAAUGCCAGUCCUCCUCCCAACAUCAGCUCCUGGUUUCAAUGUAAGGGCCAAGGGAAGACACAGGACGACACCGCGGAUCAUAUUCCACAUGAUUUUUAUGUCAUCGGCACUCAGGAGGAUCCUUUGGGUGAGCGAGAAUGGGCAGAGACAGUGAAAGGUGUCCUGAGGAACAUCACAAACAUUAGCUUUAAACAGGUGGCGAUUCACACACUGUGGAACAUUCGGAUCGUGGUCCUGGCCAAGCCUGAGCACGAAAACAGGAUCUCUCAUGUUUUUUCAGACAGUGUGAAGACGGGGAUCGCCAACACUUUGGGAAACAAGGGAGCAGUGGGAGUGUCCUUCAUGUUCAAUGGGACGUCUUUUGGCUUUGUCAACAGUCAUCUGACCUCUGGAAGUGAGAAGAAGCUCAGACGUAAUCAGAACUACUUCAGCAUCCUGAGAUUUCUUAAUCUGGGAGAUAAGAAGCUUAAUCCGUUUGACAUCACGCAUCGCUUUACGCACCUCUUCUGGCUUGGAGAUCUGAACUACCGCGUUGAAUUGCCAUCUUCUGAAGCUGAGAACAUUGUGUCAAAGAUCAAACAGCAGCAGUACCAGGAACUCCUCAGCAAAGACCAGCUCAGCAUGGAGAGGAAUGAGGGGAAGGUCUUCUUGCAUUUUGAUGAAGAGGAAAUCACAUUUGCGCCCACAUAUCGAUUCGAAAGAGACUCACGAGAGAGGUACGCCUACACGAAGGCCAAAGCAACAGGGACCAAAUAUAAUUUGCCCUCAUGGUGUGACCGCGUCCUGCGGAAGUCUUACCCUCUGGUUCACGUUGUCUGCCAAGCGUACGGCUGCACUAAUAACAUCACCACAAGUGACCACUCCCCGGUUUUUGCUUCAUUUGAAGUCGGAGUCGCCUCGCAGUUUGUUUCCAAGCAAGAUCCCAGCAGUGCAUCUCCUGGGGGCAUUCAGAUCAUGAACUGUGUGGCCAUCUUGCUGACCAAGUCGAAGACCAAGUUCUUCAUCGAAUUCCAUUCCAGUUGCUUGGAGAAAACGGUGAAGACUACAGAGGGAGAUAACAUGGAGCACUCUGAUGGGUCCAUAAAAGUUUGGUUUGGUAACCAAGUUGAGCUGACCCCGAUCAUCUCUGACCCCGAGUACCUUUUGGACCAGCACAUCCUGAUGUGUGUGAAGUCGACAGACUGCGACGAGUCGUACGGAGAGGGCUGUGUAGCUCUGCGAGCCGCUGAGAUCAGCUACACCGAGUUUCAGAUCACACUGACUCACCACGGCGAGAAGACGGGCACGCUGACAGGUGGCAUUCAGCUACGCACCUCCGAGGGCAAGCCCACUGAGAAGCUAUACGAUUUCAUCAAAAUUGAGAGGGAUGAUGCUGUCAUCUCAAAAGGCAAAUGUGGAGACCUCAAUAAGUUUUCUGUCACCCAGUCACAUGACAUUUCUAACCCCGCUUACAUGGGAAUGUCAUUCAGGAGCGGGAACGUGAUAGAUAAGGGCUGGAGUUACAGCAUGCCGCCACGAAAUGUUGCCCCUUGUGGACAAGCGGGGAAAGAGCCAAAGAAGGGUGGUUACGAUGUGGGUACACGCAGUCCCACGGGAAAGCCUUCUUCCAUGGGUGAGAACGGAAAGACGUCGGAGAUGUUCGAUAACCCCCUGUAUGGUUCAGUAACCAAAUCGCACGGCCGUUGCAAAGAUCAAGACCAUCAACAGAAGGACCAUCUCACACCCCCGGAUGUCCUGUUUCCACCCUCCAAAGCAGUAGACGGAGAUACCGAACGCCCCCCGGUUCCCACUCCACGUAACCGCUCCUUCACCUGCUCUGAGAACAAACCUCAGCCUCAGCCUCCGGCCGCCAGUCUGCAUCCGACGGCAUUCAAGAAACCUGUGGUGCCCUCACGGUCCGAGGGCGGGAUGGCUCAAAACCGGCCUCCUUUGCCUGUUAAGUCCCGGCCGGGCGUGCCAGAGCCCCAGAACCCCAAACCCAGAGACACCUCUGAUCUCUCCGGCAAACUCAGGCCGCCGACAAGACCUGACGCGUCCAAGACGGGUCGUUCUGUGAAGUGAGAUGAGGCUGCAGUGACGGUCAGCACAGAGGUCCAUCUUCCUGGCUGCAUUUGUGGAAACAUUACAUACCCCACUGCCCCUCCUUUAGAUAACCUGACAGGACAGCCUCACAUCUGUCCUGUCAUAGAGCAGUCAGUUGGUUUAGCUUAGCAUCUGUCCAAAGGUAUAAAACCUUUGCCUGUCAUCCUCAAAAACCCACUUUUCUUUACUUAGACCACUGCAGGCUAGCAGUUUCCCUUCAUUUCCAGUCUUUAUGUUAAGCUAAGCUAACUGGCUUGCAGCAGCACCUUCUUAUUAAAGUCUUACAGAGAAAUUAACUCAGCUUUUACAUUUAUGCAAACAUUGAAGACUUUCAUCGUGUUUCAGUUUUCUGCUGGAACAUCGGUUUGAAACUGAACUCUGCUUCUAAAAUAACUGUUACAUUGUAUCUGGAGUUUACACUAUACAGUAGCUGAUGAAUGUUGACCGCACAGUGUUAUCUAAUAUGUACAAAAGAUG